AUGGGACAAUUAAGUAGUAAAUUUAAAUUUUCAAGAUCACGCGCGAGUCGUCGGCAAAAAAAAACUUCAGCUACCACUACACAAAGCACUUCAGAUGAAGAAGGCUUUCGUAUUGUUGGUGGUAGAAAAUUUCAUGAUUUAAACAAGGAUGUUAAAUAUCCCUACCCUAUUGAUGAUGAAGAAACUGACCGACUACAUUUACAACAUUUUUGGACGAGAUAUAUUUGGCAGAGCAAUUUUUCCGCACCUAUCGAACCUCUUUUAACACAACACGAACCUACUAUCCUUGAUAUUGGAUGUGGUGCAGCAUCAUGGUCAUUUGAAAUGUGUUCAAAUUAUCCCAAUGCUAAUAUUGUUGGUCUGGAUAUAACAGUACAACAAGCUACACAAAUUAAACCCUCAAAUUUUACUUUCGUUAAAGCAAAUGUUUUGGAUGGUUUACCAUUUGAUGAUAACACGUUUGAUUAUGUAUUUCAACGAUAUAUGUUUGGCGGAUAUCCCCAAGAAAAAUGGCCAUUUGUUAUUAGUGAGAUUGUAAGAAUUUUAAAACCAGGUGGAUACGUUGAGUUGUUAGAACCUUCCAUGAUGCAUGAUAUAGGUCCCGCUACUCAGCGUAUUGUCGAUGGUCAAAUUGUUGCAAUGGGUCACCGACAAACUGAUCCAUAUACAAGCAAUAAAUUAAAGGAUUACCUGGAAAAGCAAGGGAGUAUAGAAAACAUUAUUGAAGAAGUAAGAGCCUGUUAUCAUGGUAAAAGAGCUGAUUCCCCUGGAAUUAGCAAAGCGGCUGUUAGCAAUACAGUUUCUAUAUUUGUUUGUUGGAAACCCCUUCUAGCAGGCUUUAUGAAUGUCACUGAUGAAGAAUACGAUUUACUGACUAAUGAAGCAAGAAAUGAACUGGCUGAAUUUGACAGCUACUUUAAUCAA